CACCUGAGCCAACUGGAAUGGGGAUGGCUGAGGAUGAUGAUGAAUCUCUCGGGUCGAAGCACGAGAAGCGCCCUGUAUCUCCGUUACGUAACGAGGAGCGCGAGAUAACUAGGUCAUCCGCUGCGAUCGAUGACCUUACCGAGCGUCUCACGGCUUUGGCAACUCGAUUGGAAUCGGCACUUGAGUUCACGAAUUCACUUCAGACUCAACAUUCUGCAGCUCAAACCACGAUCUCGUUGUUGGAGAGCAAGGUUGCAUCGCUGGAAUCGCUUGUAGAGGUGACUCAGGCUCAGGUUCAAGCUCAGACCGCAGCUCAAGAGGCAGCUCAAGCGCAACUUUUGGAGGCAGCUCGCCAACCGGCACAAGAUAGGGAGAAGGAACGCGAGUCAUUAACACAAAUGCUAAACGAGUGGAAGAAGAGUGUAGAAGGCCAAUGGAAUUCUGUACAGGAAGAAUGGACCCAGGAGCGUGAGCGGCUGUGCAAAGCAAAAGAAGAAUGGGAAAGCAAAGCGAAGAGUCUUGAAUCCGGUUUGGAUGCGAAAGUGAGUGCUGGAGUAGCUUCCAUAGUGGCACUGCAAAACCACCACUACGUGUCCAAUGGCGAUGCCAAAAUCAACGGUGGAGGUGGAUUGUUUACGCCUCCGAGUCCUGUCAGUGUAGCAUCCGAUUCUGGACGGGUGAAACCCAAACGUCGACGGUCAAGUUCUUGUCGAGGUCGCUCUCGCUCUCGUUCUCCUUUUUCGCCAAUCGAAGUGACUGUAGGCCAUGAAGUUCUUGGUCAAAGCAAUGGUUCGAGUUCCGCAGCGCAUCGUGAUCCAUCACCACGCCAACGGUCGCGCUCGCCUUCGUCGUCACUCCCAGAUGACAGUAGCGAGGUAGGUGAGCUGUCGAAAGGUGCUAUGCAGGUUCGAUAUCCUUAUACUCCUACAUCUUCGGAGUAUGGUUCCCCGGCGGCGGCGCCUGUGCCCACUCCAGUCCCUGUCCCUGAUGUGACAUCGAAAACCCGCUCAAAGCCGCAGUUUACAGACGUGCAAUUAGCUGGUAUGUCGACUGCUGUCGGGGUACUAGUAUUGAGCGUCGCUGCGGCAGCAGUACUAUGGCGAGUUAAUCAAGAAUAAAACUCAAAAGUACGUAGACGGCAUUUUCUCCCAGCAACAUCUUAUUAUGGCAACUACUUCCUUCAUUCCGUAUUUCGUCUUUUCUUUAUUACUCUUUUUUGCUGCUCUCGUUUAUUGUGGUGCACAUGUAUAUAUUCUAUGCAUGCCUUCUCCGUAUUUAAUGACAAGCGACGACUAUAAUUGAUGCAGGUGACUAUGUAUAUGUUGCUGCAUGUUUUGUUCUUGCAACGAGUCUGUAAAGGGAAUAUGUUAAAAGAACCUAAUAUUGUGGCGUGUGGCAGGUGUGAUGAGAACAGUGAUUGCUAUACUGGUACCAUCACGAUAAACUUAUGACCAUCCGCUGAAUGUACCGCUGGCAGUCCGUAGGCUAGACUUACCGUCGAGAGAACGGAACGGGAUGACUAAACGGAAUGUAUGGAUGGCAGUCGAACUUCAAAUAUCGGAUCCUGACUCAGAUAUUUGUCAGCGAUAACCGACGUCGCCAUCCUUGAUCACCUCUUCGCCAUGCCAGGGAGAACGCCUUUAUAAUCCCUCGUGCUCCAUUUCUGCCUCUUGAUCCACUUUCCCCACUUUGUCAUUAUCCCCCCCUCCCAUCCCCCAUUGACAUACACUCUAACGCCAUGACCUUCAUCUCCGAGUCUGCACAUUCUGGCAAUGGAUAUCACCCCAAGAAACAUCUAUCGCAUACAGAUGGUUUUGGGACGAGGGCCAUCCAUGUCGGUUCAGAGCCUAACAAGGAGACGGGUGCGGUCAUUCCACCUAUUUCCCUCAGCACCACCUACAAGCAGGAUUCAGUCGGUGUACACAAGGGAUUCGAGUAUUCGCGAUCAGGAAACCCGAACCGUGAUGCCCUAGAGUCCACCCUCGCAUCCCUAGAGUCUGGAGGAGCCCAUGCACUCGCUUUUUCGUCCGGAUCAGCGACAACCGCGACAGUUUUGCAUUCCCUGGGACCCAAUGCCCACGUCGUCAGUGUCAACGACGUUUACGGCGGCACCUUCCGCUAUCUCAACAGGGUCGCUGCAGAAACCCAAGGCUUGGAAACCACGUUCGUAGAUCUGGAGGAAGCGUCAGAUGAUACCAUAUUAUCGUCAUUCAGAGAUAAUACCAAGCUCAUUUGGAUAGAAUCACCCACCAACCCCACCCUUCGUCUCGUAGAUAUACCCCGCAUUGUAUCACUAGCCCGCUCGCAUGCCUCCAAUCCCAUAGUGCUCGUCGACAACACCUUCCUCUCCCCCUUCUACUCCUCGCCUCUCCUCCAGGGUGCAGAUAUCGUCGUGCACAGCUUGACAAAGUAUAUCAACGGUCAUUCUGAUGUCGUCAUGGGCACAGCAAUCUUGCCCGCUCACAACGCAGAACUUGCGAGCAAAUUGCGCUUCCUCCAAAACGCGAUUGGCGCCGUGCCGAGCGCGUAUGAUUGUUGGCUUGCACAGCGUGGUGCCAAGACAUUACAUCUCCGGAUGAAAGCCCACGGAACUAGCGCGUUGAAGAUUGCUCAAGUGCUACAACGCUCGCCAUACGUCGAAGACGUCAUUUACCCCGGUCUUGCGUCGCAUCCCCGACAUGCGCUAGCGUACCGUUCACUCUCGCCGCAUGCGACCAAGUUUGUGGAGUCGUUGAAGGCGCCGGUGGAUCAGGAUGGUGUAAGCGGUGAGGAAGAGGGCGGGUUCCCGUAUGGGGGUAUGGUAUCGUUCCGCAUUCGAGGAGGUGCGGUCGAGGCAAACAAGUUCCUCACUGCCACGCGACUGUUCACAUUGGCAGAGUCACUCGGUGGUGUUGAAAGUCUGGCUGAGUUGCCCUCUAAGAUGACUCAUGGUAGUAUUCCACCGGCGGAGAGAGAGCUGCUCGGUAUCGGCGACAACCUUAUCAGGUUGUCUGUUGGGGUCGAGGAGACAGAUGACCUGGUCGCGGAUGUGGAGCAAGCGCUGGAGCUUGCUGUUGGAGAUGGCGAGGUUUUGAAGAAUGGCUCGCAUUGAUAUAUAUUGUAAUAUUAUUCUUAUUAUCCAAGUUUGGAGGACCUGCACUCGCAUAGAUCGGAUUGGUUUUGCUGUAAUGCUGUUGUAAUGUGACAUUAGUGUUGUACUGGUUCAAAUAGAUUGUGUUUUGCUU